ACAAGGCAGUCCGUGACUUUCCCUUUUUACCGAACAUGAUUCCACCAAACCCUUCCAAGAAAAACCCACCGUUUCCUCCUACUUUCUUCAUCACCACCAACUCAUGGCGCCGUCCUACAUCCUCUCCGCCGUCGUCGCCGGCAUCUCUCUCUCUCUCCUCUUCCUCGCCGCCACCGUCGAAACACUGACGCUCCCCGUCGCUACAAACGCACUCGUUCCAUUUCUAACAAACCGACGCCGAACCUACAGAGAAGAAUUCCUUGAAGUGCACAACAAAUAUCGAGCGAUGGUUAAUCUUCCGCCGUUAACUUGGGACAGGAAUCUCACGCGAUACGCGCGGCGAUGGGGCGCCAAACGCGCCAUCGACUGUAAAAUUGUCCAUUCGUUCGGUCCGUACGGCGAGAAUAUGUUUUGGGGGAGAUUGGACCACUGGACGCCGUCCAAGGUGGUGGACUCGUGGGGCGAAGAGGGCCAACAUUAUCAUAUGAACAAUAAUCAAUGUGACGCCGGCCAAAUGUGCGGCCAUUACACACAGAUUAUUUGGAAGGAAACGCUCCGAUUGGGCUGUGCCAGAAUCAGGUGCCUGAACGGUGAGUUUCUUGUUAUCUGUGAGUAUGAUCCGCCGGGAAAUUACGUCAGUGAGAAACCGGUUUGAUUUUCCCGGCGAAAAUUGUCGACCAGCGCAGCUUUGGCCUCGCCGGAAUCCUGUUUCGAUGUGUUUUAUUUUUUGAAGACUGGCUUUCUUUUUUUUUUCUUUUUUUUUUCUUUUUUGGUUCAUUGUGUGUUCGUAUUCGUUGUGUUUUAUGGGAAACGAGGGUUUACAAUUAAUUGUAAAUUUAGUAUUAAAUUACUCCAUCUUAUACUUGUAAA